UGAUGGGUUUGGCCAAGUUUUCCUAAAUAAAAUCAUUGAAAUACCCGACAAAGACCAAGUGUCCAAACCAACCUCAUGAUUUUAUAAACCAUUUAACUCCCAAGCCCCCUCCGGCUCACCUUCAACUAGAAUUCUCUCUCUCUCUCUCUCUCUCUCUCUCUCUCUCUCUAAAAGAAUGGCAGAAGUAGCAGAGAGCGUUCUUGAGAGAUUGGUGGGCAUGGAAGCUGGGUUGUUAACAAGUGUUUCUUCUGUGAUGCCAACGAUGUUGUUCACAGUGUUGACGUUAGUAGUAGGGGUUUUGGCAUACUUGUAUGGGCCCUACUGGGCGGUCAGAAGGGUACCUGGACCACCAUCUAUCCCCUUUGUAGGGCACCUUCCUUUAAUGGCCAAGUAUGGUCCUAACGUCUUCUCUGUUCUUGCCAAACAAUAUGGCCCUAUUUUCAGGUUUCAUAUGGGGAGGCAGCCAUUGAUAAUAGUGGCGGAUCCUGAGCUUUGUAGAGAAGUUGGAAUAAAGAAAUUCAAAGACAUUCCUAACAGAAGCGUUCCCUCUCCCAUCUCUGCUUCUCCUCUGCAUCAAAAGGGUCUCUUUUUCACCAGGGACGCAAGAUGGUCGACCAUGCGAAACACCAUCUUAUCAGUGUACCAGCCAUCUCAUCUGGCGAGCCUCGUCCCCACCAUGCAAGACUCCAUCGAUUCUGCCACCCAAAACCUCGAAUGCUCCUCCUCCUCCUCAUCCGAACAGCAGGACAUCACCUUCUCCAACCUCUCUCUCGGACUAGCCACCGACGUCAUCGGUCAAGCCGCCUUUGGCGUCAGCUUCGGCCUCUCCAAACCCCAUUCUGAUCAUGACUCACUCACCACCAACGGUAGUAGUAGUACUACCGACGAAGUCUCGGACUUCAUAAACCAGCACAUCUACUCCACAACACAGCUAAAGAUGGACUUAUCAGGCUCAUUAUCCAUCAUCCUCGGCUUGCUCAUCCCGAUUCUCCAAGAACCCUUCAGGCAAAUCCUCAAGAGAAUUCCCUACACUAUGGACUGGAAAGUUGACCGCACCAACAAGAAACUCAGUGGUAGGCUUAAUGAGAUUGUGGCCAGGAGAAUGAGAGACAAAGAGAGAGGUUCCAAGGACUUCUUGUCUGUCAUAUUGAAUGCUAGAGAGACGGAGACGGUUUCCAAGAACGUGUUUAGUCCAGACUAUAUUAGUGCUGUCACGUACGAGCAUUUGCUUGCUGGGUCAGCAACCACGUCGUUUACUUUGUCUUCCAUUGUGUAUUUGGUUUCCGGGCACCCGGAGGUUGAGCAGAAGUUGCUUGCCGAGAUUGAUGGAUUCGGGCCGAGAGAUCUGAUGCCGACGGCUCAAGAUCUUCAAACGAAAUUCCCUUAUCUUGAUCAGGUGAUUAAAGAGUCUAUGAGGUAUUACGUUGUUUCACCCUUAAUUGCCAGAGAAACAUCAAAAGAAGUAGAAAUUGGAGGAUAUACCCUCCCAAAGGGGACAUGGGUGUGGUUAGCACCAGGAGUAUUAUCAAAAGAUCCAAAGAAUUUUCCAGAGCCAGACAAGUUCAAGCCAGAGAGGUUCGAUCCAAAUUGUGAAGAAGAGAAACAAAGGCAUCCUUACGCCUUAAUACCCUUUGGAAUUGGGCCACGGUCAUGCAUUGGUCAGAAAUUCUCCUUGCAAGAGAUAAAGCUCACACUCAUUCAUUUGUACCGGAAAUACAUAUUUCGACACUCCCCCAACAUGGAAAACCCUCUUGAGCUCGAGUAUGGCAUUGUUCUCAACUUCAAGCAUGGUGUCAAGCUUAGAGUCAUAAAGAGGACAUGAAAGAUUGAUACCGAUAGUUCUUUAUCAUAAUUCCAAGUCAUUAUGCAUAAAAUAAACAGACUUGAAACACGAUUAGUAAAUAUGUUUGGUUGCUUUUCAUAGAGAAAGAUUUUUAACAGCUUUUGAACUCAGGAAGCCAUUA